CCUCCGCCCGUUGCCAUGGCAACUGCAUCCACAGGAGGAAUGACUUCCUCUCGCUUCUAUGAUUAUGGUAGUUCCAAGACAUCAGACAGAAGCAAUGGCUCCCUUUACACCUCUCUGUUUUCCGAUGAACUCUAUACAGCACCUCAAGAUUCCUCUUAUUUCACUGGCAAUCUUUCCAUGGAGGACAACCAUAUUACCCCUUCAGAGAGCACUGAGGGAAUUCAUGCCCAAGGUGGUCUGUUUAGCUCUGAUUCAGGAAUAGAGAUGACCCCAGCAGAACCCACUGAUGUCAACAAGAUUUUAGCUGAUCCAGAGGAACAGAUGAAAUCAGAAUCCUACAAGUACAUGGACAUCAGUAGAUCAGAAGAGAUUAAAUACCAAGAGAGCUGCGAUACAGUCAAGGAAGACACGAUCCCUCUCAGCUUGAUUAAUAAAGGAGCGGAGGACAAGUUUGGAGCAAAAGGGAUAUCACUGGAGGAAAAACAUGUGUCCAAAGAGGGCUCAUCUUCUCUACUGGACCACCAGUAUAGCCCCUCAGAAACAUCACAAGUCAAGAUUACACUGACGGAAAUAGAAACUAUGGAGGUUCCUGUGUCAAAGGAGGAAACUCCUGAAAAACAAGAAGUUGGUCUCAAACCAAGCCACGAAACAGUUCCUACAGUGACAGUAUCUGAGCCAGAAGAUGACAGCCCAGGCUCAAUUACGCCACCUUCUUCAGGAACAGAACCAUCUGGUUCUGAGUCUCAAGGUAAGGGAAGCCUUUCUGAAGAUGAACUUAUUAAUGCCAUUAAAGAAGCAAAGGGCUUCCCAUUUAAGCAUCCUGAAGGCCAAGGACCACAAACUGUUGUACCAGAAAAACAAGAUAAGAAAAACAAGUUGACAGAAUUUCCAGCAGGAAGUGCUCCCUUGGAUAAUGAAGCAAGCAGUGCUGAAUCUGGUGAUUCUGAAAUAGAAUUGGUAUCGGAAGACCCCCUAGCUGCUGAAGAAGUUCUCCAUUCCAACUACAUGACCUUCAGCCAUGCUGGAGGUCCUCCACCUUCCCCAGCCUCGCCUUCAAUACAGUAUAGCAUCCUGAGGGAAGAACGUGAAGCUGAACUGGACAGUGAGCUCAUAAUUGAAUCAUGUGAUGCUUCAUCAGCCUCUGAGGAGAGCCCGAAACGGGAGCAUGACUCUCCCUUAAUGAAGCCAAUCAUUAUGGACAUUAUCCAAGAAGAAAAUCACACUAGGAAUGAAGGCACCAGGGCUUCGGAUUACAAUUUAAGUGGCUCCAAGGAAAGCAGAAUGAACAGGGAAAAUCUAGCAGACUCAGCCUCCUACUUGAAGUGUUCCUUUGCCGCAUCUAAAGUCCAUGCUGAUACCGUGUCGUCUACCAUCAGUAGUGAAGAAAUAAAGGAUAAAGUAGCUCGGAAGAAAUCAGUUGAAAUGGCAGCGACUGCUACUGGAAAGAAAUCACCAUCCAAGGAUUCAUUGACAAGAAGUCCCUGGUCUUCACCACCACUGCCAUUUUUAAAUAAGCAAAAAGCUAUUGAUCUCUUAUACUGGCGUGACAUCAAGCAGACUGGGAUCAUGUUUGGAAGCAUCCUGCUGUUAUUGUUCUCACUAACCCAGUUCAGUGUUGUCAGUGUAAUUGCUUACUUGGCAUUAGCAGCUCUCUCAGCCACCAUCAGUUUCAGAAUCUACAAAUCCGUGUUACAGGCUGUGCAAAAAACCGAUGAAGGACACCCAUUCAAAAACUACUUGGAAAUGGAAAUGUCUCUCUCCCAGGAACAGAUUCAGAAAUACACAGAUUGCCUCCAGUCCUACGUGAACAGCACAGUCAAAGAACUUAGGCGGCUUUUUCUGGUCCAGGAUCUGGUAGAUUCCUUAAAGUUUGCAGUACUAAUGUGGUUGUUGACUUACGUUGGAGCUCUCUUCAAUGGCCUAACUCUCCUGAUAAUGGCUGUGGUCUCAAUGUUUACUCUACCUGUGGUAUAUGACAAGUAUCAGGCACAGAUUGAUCAAUACUUGGGGCUUGUGAGGACCCACAUAAAUACUGUUGUGGCAAAAAUCCAAGCCAAAAUCCCAGGCGCUAAGAGGAAGGCUGAGUAAAAGUAUAGCAGCAAGAAUCUAUCAACUACAGGAGUGAAUGAUAAGAGAGUCUGGGAUGAAAACAGCUCUGUUCUUUUUACUUAUAAUUUAUUAUUCAU